UCUGGACACCUGGACCUGAAAAGCAGUUAGAUGGGACAGCUAACGAUUGUGACGGUGGGCAUGACCUGCUUGCCAAAGUCAAAGAGAACAGCCUGAUGGGGACUUUUAUUGCCACCCUCAGUUUCACUGCACACCCAUCAGCCAAUCACAUGCGCUUAAAACUUUCUGGAAAAGAUGCCGAUUGGUUUUAUCUGGAGGGAAGGACCAUUAGACUGAACUCAACAUUAACUAAGAUUAUUGAUAGAGAGAUACACGGCUCACUUUUAACAGCAACUGUAAGGUGUUACGAACACAAAGUCCUACAGGCUGAACACAGGAUCAUGGUAGAGGUUCUGAACGAGAAUGACAACAAACCCGAGUUCCUACAAAGUUCAGUUCAUCCUCUGCUGCUCAGUGAGUUAACAGCGGUAAACUCUGUAGUGUUUACAGCCCAGGCCACAGAUGCUGAUAGAGACACACUCACAUACGUCAUUGAUGAAACAUCACCUGAUGCCAGGUAUUUCCGAGUGGACUUACCCAACAGUGGCAAAGUGAUUCUCAACAAGCCAUUGGACUACGAGAUCAAAACUCAGCUCCGACUGAUUCUUUAUGCAGUGGAGACAAACACAGAUGAGCACUACAACACAACUGCAACAAUAAUCAUCAAUGUGACAGAUGGGGACGACCAAUACCCACAGUUCCAGCCUUGUACUCUUCUCUCAGCCAAUCACAACAACCGCAUAUGUGCCAAUUCUCUGUACACUGCCAACAUCACAGAGAAUGAGCAGGACAUUGUCUUGGAUUUCUUUCCGGGUCCCAUUCAAGCGGUGGAUGGUGAUGAGGGUCUCAGAACGACAGUAAAGUACACCAUCCUGUCAGGUGGUCCUCCUUCCUCUGCCAUUGAACCUUAUGCUCCUGGAAUAAGAAACUAA